AUGUGGCACAAAAUUCAGAUAUUGCUCUUAUAUUGCAUUGCCAGUGAAGUUUCAAUGACAAAACGUCUUGAUUCUAGAAGAAGUUUCCCCAAAGGACUUUACUCUGUAAAAGACAGUGGUUCUGCUAAGUGGAACAGGAUUAUAAGGAGCCUGUAUCAGGGAAGUUCCUGCAGGAUACGAGGCUGUUGCACAGGAAGAGAUGAUGACUGCAGCUUUACCAUUGUCUCCAGAGGAGCUGUAUGUUACUGUGACCAGUACUGCACCUCGGGCUCUCCAGGGCCUGUAGACUGCUGUACUGACUACUGGGAUGUCUGCAACCACGCCGUGGAGCCCACCAGGUCAGAGGAGCCUUGGCCGCCUCCAGCAUGGGGUUGUUAUAAAGAUGGCCGAUAUUACGGAGAAGGAACAAUAAUUAAAGACAACUGCAAUUCCUGCAAAUGUUUCAACAGUCUCUGGAAAUGUUCAACAGAUGUAUGCCUUGUUCGCCAAGACUUAAUUCAGCACAUCAAUUCUGGAGAUUUUGGAUGGAAAGCUGACAACUACAGUCAGUUCUGGGGAAUGACAGUGGAAGAAGGUUUCAAAAAGCGCCUGGGCACUUUCCCUCCAUCUCAUUCUUUGCUGAAUAUGAGAGAAGCUCCUGGAAAGUCACUUCCAGAAGAAAAGUUUCCUGCAAUCUUUUCAGCCAUUUAUGAGUGGCCUGAUUGGAUUCAUGAUCCUUUGGAUCAGCGAAACUGUGGAGCAUCCUGGGCUUUUUCAACCGCAAGUGUUGCAGCAGAUAGAAUAGCAAUUCAUUCAAAGGGUCAGAUCACAGACAACCUUUCUGCUCAGAACUUGAUCUCUUGUGAUACCAGGAAUCAACAGGGAUGUAAUGGUGGAAGCAUUGAUGGUGCCUGGACAUAUCUGAAAACACAUGGGGUUGUAUCAUAUGCUUGUUAUCCAUCAUUUUGGAACAAACACCUGGGGCCAUCAGCUGAAAAACAGUGUUAUGUGUUGAGUGAAUAUGGAAAAAACUAUACAAACGGGCCAUGUCCCAAUGCUUUUGAAAAAUCCAAUCGGUUAUACCGGUGUGCCUCUCACUACAGAGUGUCCUCAAAAGAAACUGAUAUAAUGAAAGAAAUCAAGGAGAGAGGACCAGUGCAAGCAAUAAUGAAAGUGUAUGAAGAUUUUUUCCUUUACAAAGAGGGAAUAUAUCGACACUCCCAGAAAGCAGGAUCUAAAUGGAAAACUCAUUCAGUCAAACUCCUUGGGUGGGGAGCAUUACCUGACAAAAAUGGACAGAAACAGAAGUUUUGGAUUGCUGCAAAUUCCUGGGGAAAAUCCUGGGGAGAAAAUGGUUAUUUUAGGAUACUUCGUGGACAAAAUGAGUGUGAUAUUGAGAAGCUGAUUUUAGCUACUUUGGGACAACCAUAGUUUAUCUGUACCAUACUCUGCUUGAUGUAUCUAUUCUUUCCAUCGUUGUAUAUUGAGUCUUUAUGGGGGAAAAAAUGAUGUCUUCUCUCUAAGUUACCUUUCUAAUAGCCCUCAUGGAGUCUUCCUGACUUGAACACAGACAUCAUAGCACUCUUGGAUCUCACCUGGUACAAAAAACCCUUUCGACUAAAAGCAUGUUAUAUCCAGGACUACUGGAAACCUUGAUGUCU